UCCUGGGCCCGCCCAGGCCCCGCCCCCCCGCGCCCCGCCCCCGUCGCUCGGACCGCGGAGUCGCGCCCUCCCACCCUGCGCUCCCGAACUUGUUCUAACUUCCUCGGCUGAGCCGGGCCGCGCCGCCGUCGUAGCCGCUGUCCCCGGAUCCUGCUUCACAGAAGAUGCACUAUUAUCGAUACUCUAAUGCUGAGGUCAGCUGCUGGUACAAGUACCUCCUCUUCAGUUACAACAUCGUCUUCUGGUUGGCUGGAGUUGCCUUCCUUGGAGCUGGACUGUGGGCAUGGAGCGAAAAGGGGGUGCUCUCCGACCUCACCAAAGUGACCCGACUGCAUGGAAUCGACCCUGUGGUGCUGGUGCUGAUAGUGGGCGUGGUGAUGUUCACACUGGGGUUUGCUGGCUGUGUGGGGGCCCUGCGGGAGAACAUCUGCCUGCUCAAGUUUUUCUGUGGCACCAUCGUGCUUAUCUUCUUCCUGGAGCUGGCGGUGGCUGUGCUGGCCUUCUUAUUCCAGGACUGGGUGAGGGACCGGUUCCGGGAGUUCUUUGAGAGCAACAUCAGAGCCUACCGUGAUGACAUUGACCUGCAGAACCUUAUCGACUCCCUUCAGAAAGCCAACCAGUGCUGCGGAGCAUACGGCCCUGAAGACUGGGACCUCAAUGUCUACUUCAACUGCAGUGGUGCCAGCUACAGCCGAGAGAAGUGUGGGGUGCCCUUCUCCUGCUGCGUGCCAGACCCUGCGCAAAAAGUUGUGAACACGCAGUGUGGAUAUGAUGUCAGGACUCAGCUGAAGAGCAAGUGGGACGAGUUCAUCUUCACGAAAGGCUGCAUCCAGGCGCUGGAGGGCUGGCUCCCGCGGAAUAUUUACAUCGUGGCCGGCAUCUUCAUUGCCAUCUCACUGCUGCAGAUAUUUGGCAUCUUCCUGGCAAAGACUCUGAUCUCAGACAUCGAGGCAGUGAAGGCUGGCCAUCACUUCUAAAGAGCCGAGGUGAGCGAGCAGAGCUGAGCCACACCGUGGAGGCCAGAGCCCUCCACUGUUGUCAACUCUACAUCCAGAGGGAGAGAAGCGGAUGCUCCUUCGCCAGAGCCAGCACCCUGUCUUCAGCAUCAGAGUGAUGUGACCUCUUUGAUCUUGCUUGCUGGUGCUGAAGACCGAGAGGCCUCUUCUUAAUUGAAGGAACUUGUGACCAAGAUCCCUGCUGGGGUCUAUGCAGAGACAGAAUGUCUUUAGGUGGGACUGGUAACUGAGAGACAGCUGGCGCCUGUGGCUGCAGGGAGGGUUUGACUCAGUCCCCCUGGGCCCAAGUGUGUCCGCAGGGUGCCCUGGCCUCCUCCCCACUCUUGACAUCGGGGUUGGCCCUGGGGGCAGCCAUGUCUUUUGUGAAUAGGACAUGGGUAAGGGACCAGCAGGCAUGGACAAGACUUCUCCCAGCAGCCUAGAGGUGCUGCCUGUAAUUGAGGAGGGGGGUGGAGCAAGUGGACCUCGGAGGCUGAAGGGUGCUCUGCAGUGUCUGCCCGAGUCCAGUGUUUGCAGGAUCCUCAGCCACGUCCAAGUGAAGUGAGCCUGAGCCAGUGCAUGGACUGGGGUGCAGGGUACCUGGCUGCUGCCCUCCGGCUGAGAACUGCCCCCAGUCUCCAUAGCAUUAUGCCUUGAAGGCACAAGAGGGACCGUGGGCAUGGUUCUUCUCUGAGAGUGGUUUCUCCUUUUCUUAUUGUGUGUAAAUAGUUUAUUUAUAGGGGUAAGAAUGUUUUCACGCCAUCUCUUCAUUUCCUCUGGCAUUCUCCUCCAGGUAGCCUUACCUUGUAUCUGGGACUGAAGUCAUCCCUUUUAGUUCCUUGGAGUGUAUCCAGGACCAACCCCAUCAACAUCUCCUUUCCAUCCCUAACAAGCCAGGUCCACAUAUGUACACCCCCUUUGUGCACCCCCAGUGCACACUGCACACACUGCCCUCUCCAGCUUGGCCUCACUGUCUUCUGGUCUUGGUGCUACUGAAACUGUCACCUGGAACUUGAAUAGUGACUCCUCCUCCACUGCAAGGCUGAGGAGCCCGGCCAGAGACAGCCAGCCUGAACCCUCUGGCCAGUGCUCCUCGCAAGGCCACAUGCUAAGGGCCGGCUGGCCAGCCUGGCAUUGCCUGUCCCUAGAGAGAGAAGCUCUGUGGCCAGUCCCUUGUGCCAAGCCACAGAUCUGGGACUGCAGCUGUGGAGAAGCUCAGGACGUCUUUUUGCUAACUUUUAGAUGAUUCCCUCCUUCCCGACUGGGAUAUCUGUGGUCACCAUGUCCACCCUUCUUCCUGUCAGGGCUAUUCUGGGCUUGCUCUUAGAAAUGAAGUCUGUCUUGUGUACUGAGCCCCCCAGGGAUAGCUGAGCAUCUGUGCAUCUUGGGCUGGGCUACUUUCUAAUGCUUUUCUGGAUCUUGUACAUGUCCUGUCCUCACUGUUCAGGGAUGAGUGCUACCUUUAAUGAUGUGCUGACGUGUACAUGCUAGUGUGGUGUAUACUGGUGAGUGUUUGUUGAUAAUAUUGUAUUUUUUCCUUUUUUUUUUUUUUUUUUACAAUUUUUUCUGUAGACUAGGUGAAGAAUGUUUGUGUUUUUAGGACAUGUGAUGCUUUUCUUUGACUGCCAAACUCUUUUAUGGAAUAUAUCUUUAUAAUAAU